UUUCACAAUUACAAUUUGACUUCAAUGUAAAGGGCUAUUUUUAUUGUUUAUAUUUCAAAAUAAUAAUAAACAUUCUAUAAGGCAGGGGUGUAGAAAUUAAUUUAGGUAGGAAAAAGUAGGGGGGAGGUGGGUCUGGGUGUCCUCUCCCAGUUCUGGUCGAGGAGGCGACGCCCCUUGUGGGAUGAUUUAAAGCCUUUUUAAUCAAAUUUUCUAGUCUUCUGGUGCAUGUAUAUUAUGUAACAGGGAACCUUAACAUAAAUGUACUUGGAAUAUAUUCUGAAUUUGAGUAAUGCCUAGUCUAAAAUAAUAGACGUGUUAUACGGGAUUCUUCCAAUCCCUAACGUCUAAACGGGAAUGUGCAAAAAACAGGCGUGUUUUAAAAAUAUUGAAAUUGUUUUAAGUGAAGUAUUUUAUGGUUGAAAUUGAUCAUAAAGAGUUAUAUUCAUAUUUUACCAUAGUGUGAACAAAUUGGGAUGGAUGACAUCGAUCAAGCAGCAAACCCUGACACAGAAAGUAACUCAGCAAUUACAGAUGGAGACCAAAACAGUUCCAGCACAGUAGCAAGAAGUAGAAAUGGAUACUUCACUGAAAUGAAAAAUACAUCACAAAUGUUUGACGUUGUCAUCAGAGCUCAGCCUAACACUAUCACAGAUGUGAGUAAGGCAUCACCAUCUGACGAAAACAUUUCCCCUGGCCAAGUUAUGGCAGUGAAAGCAGAUGGAACUGAAUAUGAACAUCAAGCAGAUGACAAAUAUUGUCAAACUGAAACUGAAAUUGAAGAUGGUUAUCCUUACUCCCCAUCAACAGAAGCGGAUGCUGACUUUGAAGAUGAUUUAACUGAUGAAGACAUGAUUGAAACUUACUAUUGUGAUGCUCAGAAUGAGGAAAGAGAAGAUGUUCAGGGUCUCCCCCCAAAUAAGAAAAAAAAAGAACAAGCAACUAAACAUGAAAAUAAUCACCAGUUAUCAGGCAAAAAAGGAACUGCUACAGGAAGGAGAAAACGUGAAAAAUGUGACAUAUGUAACAAGGUGUUCUUAAAAUCAUCUCUUUCUGGACACAAGUCUUUUGCUCACAAUGUAUAUGAAACUCCCCAGAAGUGUAAAGUAUGUGGAAUCACUAAGUAUUCAAUAACUCAAUUAAAACGACAUGAAAGACAGCAUUUUACCUACAGUAUGAAAUGUGAUGAAUGUGAAUAUGAAACAAGAUACCCGUCUACAUUUAAAAGGCAUCAAGAAAUGCAUAGAUAUCAGCGCGGAGAAAUUGAUAAGAAAUUUGAGUGUGAUAUAUGUGGAAACAGAUUUAUAAGUCUCCAGAAUCUUAAAACACAUUCAGUAACUCACCAGGAACUAAAACCAUAUUUGUGCUCUCUUUGUGGUGAACAGUUUGCCCAGAAAAAUAACUGCAAACUCCACUGUAUGAAACAUUGCACUGUUUUACCAGGCAACAGUGAUGGGAACAGUUUGGGAGAUACAACUACUGUUUUAACUACAACCAGUGAAACGGCAAGUGGUCAGGCUGAACAAAACACUGAACAAAAGCUUGAUAAAGCCAAGAAGAGGUUUUCCUGUGAAGAUUGUCAAAAGACCUUUUCUUUUAAACAUGACCUGAAGCGGCACAUGAAGAAUGUCCAUCAAGGUCUCAAACAGUUUUCCUGCAGUGAUUGUAAAAAGAACUUUGCAGAUAUAUCAGCUCUUAAACUACACUUGGCAAGCUUUCAUAGCAGACUAAGGAACUUCCCAUGCACAAAAUGUCCUAAAAGGUACAAUAACAAGUAUCGCUUACAGCGCCAUCUGUCGGGGGUUCACGGGGAGCAGGUGGGACUUGACGAGCUUGAGAAAAUGUACGGUGGCAAAUCUUCCCUCAACAAAACUUUACUCAAGAGCUAUACUAUGUAUCCCAUGCCUUCUCAAUAUAAAAUGGUGCUUGUUAAAGCACAAACAUCAGAAUGAAAUAGUAACAGUUAUUUUAUGAAAUAGUAAGUUAUUUUGAUAAAUCUUCACUGUUUGAAAACUUGUCAAAAUUGCAAAGACUUGUAUUUGCAUUCUGUAGAAAAGUGAUAAAUAUAUAGACGAUAAUUGUUUGUUUCAGUGUAAGUGUAAGAUCGUAAUAUAUUUCACCGAGUUAGAACCAAAAGCUUUAUUUCACGAGUGAAGUAUUUACCUCUGGUGCUCACGAGGUGAAAUAUAUUACAAUCUUACACUGAAACAAUUUAUUUUUUUAUUUUAUGCCUUAAAAGGAUAUAAAAUUUUCAGAAAACCAUGCCAAAUUGAUUGCAAACGUCAUUUCUGUUGAUAUGUAUAUAAUUUAAAUAGUUUUAUUAUGAAUGUUAAAUCUAAUUGUAUAAAUCAUUUAUUCAUAUAUAUGGUGAUAUAUUUAUGUAUUGAUUGAAAAGAAAUCAACCAUGAAUUUUCGUCUGGGAGUAAUAAAACUGA